AUGCUAAACGAUGAUGUGGUCCACGUAGACCUCGUGAUGACCCUAUGCUACAACAAGGUGGGGCUGAAGAGGGGCCCUGGAUGCCGGAAGAAGGACCAACUCCUUACUGGCUACAUUAAUUGUGAGGACAUGAGCCCACACCUCCUUAAGCAAGCUGGCCUCCUUCGCUACGACAAGAGCUGCUGCCUCCACCGGAUGAACCACCUAUGCCCUUCCAUCAAACGUGGUCAGAUCGCCCCCAACGAGGACCUCAUCCCCCACCUUCACGGAACUGAGGCCAAGAGAGAGGGCCCCAUACCAAAAUCUGAGAUAUCUCUGUAUGUGAUGGUGGUUGCUUUUGGAAAGGGCACUGUAAACCCUAGAGGAGGUUCGGUGGUAGACCCGGUGGACCCUGACCUUGAAGAUCCAGGAUCUCCCAUGUAUUCAGCAGUAGGCUCCAACUGGAUUAUGGAGGGAGAUGACGGGGAGGACAAGGACCUGUAG